AUGCUUCUUCACUUUUAUCGGAAUUCGAUCAGCGAUGCGGCUGCUGCCGUGUGCAUUGCAUAUCCCGACGUCCCAAGUUUAGGCCCGCUAUCCCACGGACGCUGCACAGCCGGCAGAAGAGACGUUAUGAAACAUCCGCAAAUCGGUGGAGUUAAACAGAACCCGGCACCUGGCAGUCGUGAAAAAGACUGGGCAAGGCCCUCCCAUUUGUUGUCGAAAUUUUGGGUAAGGCGGCCACUACGAGGAGCUGGAAGGCGAUCCACCCUCUGGGUUAUCAUGGCAUUUUUCAGCUACUUCAGGCUCCACGACAAAUCGGGGGUUCUAAAGAUGGGAGAAUAUGGGAGGCGCUCCGAGCGGGCCAGGCCGCUCAAUUUACGCGCGCAUGACAGCAUCUUUGGCUAG